AUGUCCACCUCCCAAAAGACUCCGGUUCUGAGGCUCCCAUCGACCCCUCCACCACCAAUCCUGACCCUCACCCCCAAAACCCACACAACCAUCGAGAUUCGCCCCUUCCAUAUUUUCGAUGCCCGCCCUGUCGCCCGCAUAGCCAACAGGCCCCGCAUCGCCUCUUGCAUGCGGAAUACAUUCCCGUACCCCUACACAUCCAAAGAUGCCAAUCACUGGCUUCUCAUCGCUACCAGAUCUUAUUCAGAUCCGGAAACUAAACCGACCAAAUCCGGCAAACCUCUUCUCUUGGACUACGCCAUCAUCGUCAAUGGCGUACUCGUCGGCGAUAUCGGCCUCAAGCCUCUCUGGGAUGUCGAAUCCGACACUUUUGAGAUCGGGUACUGGCUAGGAGAAGAGUUCUGGGGCGUGGGGAUCAUGACGGCGGUCUUGAAGGAGUUUAUCGCUUGGGUUUGGGAGCAGUUUCCGACUGUUAGGAGGUUAGAGGCCAUGGUGUUUGACUUCAACGAAGGUAGUAAGAAGGUGUUGAGCAGGGUUGGGUUCGUUCAAGAGGGUGUGAAACGGGAGGCGGUGAGGAAGGGUGAUAAGAUACAUGAUAUGGUUGUUUUUGGGCUGUUGAGGCGGGAGUGGACUACACAGGUGCUUAGUGUCUCGGCAGAGCCAUGA